UUCUUAAUUUCUCUCUUUUUAUGAGUAAUAGGAUAACUAUAUUUGGUAUGUGCAUACCUUGCAAGGUCCCAAUGGCUGUCAGACAGUUCUCACUUGACCUUGACCUUAUUUCAUGGAUCAGUGAACAUGGUGAACAAGGUUAAGUUUUCAUGGUCAUAUCCAUUUGAUUUCUAAGGUACUAUAAGCAAUAUUAUUGCUGCAAUAGGUCUACUAUAUAUGGAAUGAUUGUAAGGUGUAUAUGUCCAACUGGGAGGUGUCAUCUGACCAUGACCUCAUUUUCAUAGUUCAGUGGUUAAUGUUAAUUUUUUUUAAGCGGGGGCAUCAUUUAGAUCUGUGUCCCAUGGACUCUCCCCAUUUAUUUUUAGAUACAUUUUAUACAAUUAAAAAUUAUGGCGGGAACGAGCAAUUUCUUCAUCCAAGUUUUCAUCACAACCAAGUUAGACACAACAAGGUUGGUAUGUAGUACUUUCUUUACUAGAUUUAGUUGAGCGGACAUUGGAAGUAGUACUAUUUAAACAUGCUAUACUUAUGAUUUAUUUUGUAGAAUUGAUAACCAAACAGUAAGAAAAUAAAUAUGAGCUUUAGACGUGACCAUCACCGUAUAUCAAGAAGUCAUGACAGACAUUCAAGAGGAAGCUAUGAUCAUGAAUGGAGUAGACAUGCUUCACCUCCAAGAAGAGGGGAAAUGGCCCCUAGCCAUUACUUUGAAAGAGAUAUAAGGGAUGAAAUGAUACAGGAUGCUUAUAAUCAAAGAUCAAAUAGUCCUGCAGGAUUCAAUGAAGCUAAUGAUUGGCAUGAAUCCAGGAGUCCAGAAAAUUUUUCUAAUCAGAAUUACAGACAUGGAUCAAGAAGUCCAGACCAUCACAUGAGACACAGUGAUAGAUCAGAAUCAAGAUCUAGAAGACAUAAUAGUUAUAUUGAACAAGACUAUAGACAAGAUGCAAUUAGUCCAGAUCAUUACAAUGAGCAGGAAAAUAGACCCAGGUCAAGAAGUCCAGGACGGAACGAUGAACAUAACUAUAGAGAUAAUGAGACUAGUCCAGAUCUUUACAAUGAACAGGAACAUAGACCCAGGUCGAGAAGUCCUGAUCAUUACGUUGAACAAGACUAUAGUCAUGAUGCAAUAAGCCCAGAACGUUACAAUGAACUAGAACAUAGACCCAGGUCAAGAAGUCCUGGUCAUUAUGUUGAACAUGACUAUAGACAUGAUGUGAUAAGCCCAGAACGUUACAAUGAACAAGAAGAUAGACCCAGUUCAAGAAGUCCUGGUCAUUAUGUUGAACAAGACUAUAGACAUGAUGUGAUAAGCCCAGAAUGUUACAAUGAACAGGAACAUAGACCCAGGUCAAGAAGUCCUGGUCAUUAUGUUGAACAAGACUAUAGACAUGAUGUGAUAAGCCCAGAAUGUUACAAUGAACAAGAACAUAGACCCAGGUUAAGAAGUCCUGUUCGUCAUGAUGAGAUUAGUCCAGAUCAAUAUAAUGAGCAGGGACAUAGACCAAGGUUUGGAAGUCCUGGUCAAUACAAUGAACAUGACUAUAGAUUUCAGAGCAAAAGUCCAGAACCUUUUAUUGAAAGAGACUAUAGAUCCAAAUUCAGAAGUCCAGACAGGGGUUUUGAAGUAGACCGUAGACAUUCUGUUAAUAGCCAAGUAAGACACGGAGAACAAAACUUAAGCCAUGAUAGUCAGAUUGAAGAUUUUGAUCCUAGAGACAAGGAUGGUUAUAUCGUAAGAAACUCAAGAAAUGAACCAGGAGUUCGGAGUCCUGAGCAAUUUGUUGAGCCUGAUAGUAGGCUUAUUACAAACAGAGACUAUAGACAGACUUCAAGGAGUUCAGAUAGAGGCUUAGGUAAGAGAAGGGAUUCUAGAAGCCCAAGACAGACCAUAAGAAAUCAAAGGCAUUUGAGAAGCCCAAGAAGAGAAGUUAGGAAUAGGAGGCAUUCAAGAAGCCCUGCUAUAACAAAUACAAGGCAAUCUAUGAGUUCAGAGAGAAGAUUAAGACUCAGACAGGAUUCAAGAAGCCCAGAUAGAGUUUCUAGGCAGGAGCUCACAAGACAUUCUACAAGUCUCGAAAAACGCUUGGGCCCACCUGUAGAUGAAAGAGACCAUCUGGAUGUAGAUAGUGUAUGGAAUGACAGAGUUAUUCAUUCCAGAAGUCCAGCAAUACUCAGAAGUGAUAGAAGUCCAAGUAAUGAACCUCAUAUUAGUUCAUGGGGAAAUGUCAUUGAACAUGAAGUUACCCAAUGGAAUAGACCCGAAAGUCCAGGUUUUUACACCAGACAAUCAGAUAGUCCCAUGCGAUUAAGGCAGGAAUAUGAAGACCCACAAAUGGAUAGUCCCAUAAGAAUAAGGCAGGAAUAUGAAGACCAAGAAAUGGAUAGUCCUAUAAGAAUGGUCCAGUUGUAUGACGACCAACAAGGUGAUAGUCCAAAAGGAUUGGAAAUUAAUUUGAAUAGUCCAAUGAGAGUUGUAUCCUGUCAGGGAGACGAUAUCAUGGUGAAUAUAAACCAAAGUCCUAAAACUGGUAAUAACAAAAGUAAAAGUCGUAAAAAUAGUAUACAGGACAAUAGACUACAUAGAAUUUAUCAAACCUCAGAGAAAAACAGAGAGGAUAGAAAUGAUAGCAAACAAAACAAUAAUCAUGGUAGACCGUCAAAAGGUAGAGAAACAAGACGAAGGGAACCAAAUAGACUAAAAAUUCCUCAGAAUCAAAGGCAAAAUAAAAGGGAAGGGAGCAAUCAAAGAUCUAGAAGUCCUCUUGGUAGCAGAGGUCGUAAUAGGAGAAUGAAUGAAGAUAGAAGAUCCAGAAGCCCUAGAGAAGGUCAAAUUAGAGAUCAGAGAAGAACCAGAAGCCCUAGAGAAGGUCAAAUUAGAGAUCAGAGAAGAUCCAGAACUCCUGGACAAAAUGUUCAUGAAAGAAAUGAAACUGAGAGGGAAAGAAAUCCUGGACAAAAUGAUAGUGGAAGAGACAGUAAAUCAAGGAGCCUAAGUCGAAAUAGGGAAUUUCGGAGAGGUGAUAAUAGGCGGAGAAAUACAAAGACCUCAACAGGUGAUCGUAGAUCAUCUGAUAGAUAUCACAAGAACAAUAAUAAAAGGGAGGUAACUCCUACACGUGAAAGGCAGGAAUCUAGUAAUGAAGAAGAGGUUGGUACAGACAUUGAUUUGAAGAAUUUGAAUGUAAUGAAAACCAUUGGAUUAGGAUCUCAGACAGCCCAGUGGGAUAUGGUUAGCCAGACUCCACCCUUGGACAUGACCAGACCACCCAUGACACCUGUACCAUACAAUGUUCCCCAACCAACUUUGCCAUUAAAUUCUUCAAUAAACAACAGUCAACCUCCAAUGAUGAAUUUAAACCCUAAUUUCCAAAACAUGCAGCAGGUUCGGAUGCCUUUUGGAGCUAACGUAUCAAAUAUGGUGCAAGUUCCAUAUCCUACAAAUGUUGUCGGAGGUAAUUUUCUGCCUGGAAGAAUGCCCAUGGUUAGUUCAACACAAAACAUACAGAAUGUCAGAAUGUCUAUGAAUCCUAACAUGUUAAAUUUUCAACAGAUGCGUGGACAAGCAAGGAAUAUUGGACAUAACUUGUUAAGACAUAGAAAUCUGCAGAAUCUUCAACAAGUGCGUUUAAAUACUACAGUUAACCAACCUCAGUUUGGUUUUAAUACAAGAUUUAAUCAAACACAGUCAAGGCCAGCUUUUAAUAAUACACAGAAUACUACUGUUUAUCCAGUGUCAUCACAUAUAAAUGCUACAUUGAAUCCAACACAGGCUAGGACACUUCCUCAGAAUAUGCCAGCCUUACAGCCAGUUUCAAAAAGUAACCCACAAUUUGAACAUUUGUCAACUUUAAAAACCACAUUGGCAACUAUAUCAAGUACUUCUACAACAGUGACAAAUACUGGUAGCAAUCGUGAGAUCAAGCCAGUAUCAUUUUCUAUAAAAGCUAGUACAAACAAUGCACCACCUUGGCAAUUAGCAAAAACUUGUACUCACAAUACCACACUUUUGCCUGUAUCUAGUCGAAACUCUAGAUUUUCACAAGCAGCACCUAAACUCACACUUGCUUCUUCAUCAAGUACAGAUAAGAGUAUGGUUUUGUCCAACACUGCAAUUCCUUCAAGGGCAAAUAUUCAGACUGUAACAGCCCAAAAAAUGUCUGAAAAGGUGUCAUCGGGAGCUUUGAAUAAAUCUGAAGAAAGUAUUCUACAGGCUCAGUUACAGUACAUAAGACAACAACAAGAAAUUGGAGCUAACUUUGGUGUACAAAAAUCUGCUGUAUCCAAUGAGAAAGAAGUGAUAACCUCUAAGAACCAAACAAACAAGGAACCAAAAUUUGAAAAAGAUAGUAGUGAAAAAUCGGCCAUUAUAAAAGAAAAGGGUCCUGUUUCAUCUCUAACUUUAUGGACCAGUCAUUACCGACGGCAACAAAAAAAUCAAAAGAGAAGUUCUAGGAGAAAUUUCAACAGAGAACAAAGACGAGCAAAGAAAGAAAAGCCUGAAAACCAAAAAGGAGAUACAGAAUUAAGUAUGAACCAAAAGAUUGAAAACCAAGAAAAUACGCUAAAGGAUAAAAUAAAAUGUGAUGAACUUAAUGUAAAUGAAAAGAAAGGGAACAAAAAGAUCGUUAGUCAAAAUGAUGACAAAAAAGCUUUGAAUCAAGAGAUCAAAAUGAAAUAUGUAACAUCCCAAGUUAUGCAUCAGUCAAAAACUAAUGAUGAUUCAGCAAAAAAUUUGCCAAAGAGUGGUUUAUGUUUUACAGAAAAGACAACUAAAUGUCAAACACAGCAAAUAAAUAAAACGCCAAUUAAAAAUUUACCUGUGUCAUUAGCAGGUAAUAGUCAAUCUUACUCUGCACAGAAUAAUACUAUAAACGUCAUAAAAACUCCUAUUUCAUGUAACAAAACUGGCUUAAUUGGAAUAAGUCAUGGAAAAUCUACCAAUACUGGUCAAAGUUUUCCUGCAAGUGGGAUGUAUAAUCAACCAAAGGUUUCUAUUGGCAACCAGAGUAACUUUGUACAUCCAGCCUCAGUGCCUCAGCCAGUUCCACCCCCUAGCAUUCAAACUUUUGGAAAUCAUCUACAGAAAGUUUCACAGGCAAAUGAACUAAACAGAGGAAAAGCUGUGAAGCAAGUUCAAUCUGGUUAUAAACAAGCUCCUGAAGUCGCAACACAAUUAAAAUUUAAUACAUUAAGAAAAUUGGCUCAAGAUACAAAAUUGCUGAGUGAGCAGAAAAGUAGUGCAACUGGAACAUCUGAAUUAACAAGAAUUGGAUCUGUUAGCCAAGGAAUUUCAAACGUCCAUCGAAAGACUUUAUUUUCUUCUGAAACUGAAACAUCAGAUUUUGAUUAUGAAGUAGAUCCCGAAGGGUUGCGUACAACUUUAUCUGUGGAUCAGAACAAACUAUCGCUAGUUAAAGACACAUCUCAAAUUACAUCAAUGACUGAAAAAAAUGAAAACAAUAGUAAAAAAGUAAAUGAUACCCAAUUUAAUGUAGAAGAGAAAAUGAUCGAAGAUAAGACUGACAAUGUAAAUGUUGAACCGAUGGAUGAGGAACCAAGUUUGGCUUGUAAAAUCAAACGACCUUCAGUUUGCCCCAUACCAGAGUGUCAAUUUGUAGCCUGGAGGUUAAAGAGACAUGCAUUUUCCAGUCAUCUACCUUGGAUUUUUCGGGAUGAAAAAUGGUCAGCGAAUAUUCCAGGAUGUGGGGCAGCAAUUCAUCAGUUGGUCAUAUGGAUACUUGGUGCACGAUCAAAACCAGACGGACUAGUCAUGAUGCUAAAUGAAUCGGGUCUCAUGCCGAAAAAUGUUGAAAUCAAUCAAAAUGAUUUUUGUCACUUAAAAAAACUCUGUGAAGAACAGGACUGGCCUGUAUUGGAAACAUUCACUCUUCAACCAAUAAACUCGCCUGCAUGUCUUGUUCAUUGGAGAGCCUUGCUAUUAUUAUUGAUAUACAUAAGUAAACCUAGACGUCAAAGAUUCCGAGAAAUGUUCAGUAAAAAUUCUGCUGAUGAUGUGAAUAGAAAGACAAUGCAAGGUCAGCAAGCUGUUCUGAAUAAGGACAGCUCAGUUCCAAAGCAAGGUAGAGUAAAUGAUGUCGGUAAUGAUAGAAAAGAAAGAUCACCAGUUUCAAAAAGAGCAAGAGCUGAGCUUCCUGAUAAAGGAAGGACAGAAAGGCAAUUGGAUGAAAGCAGAUCUAUGACAGGGUUUUCAGCUAACAAAUCGAAUGAACAAGCAAAUAAUAGGUUUUUAGACAGUGAUCUUGGGUCAGUGAAGACUCCAAUUGUUAUUGAUGGUGAAACAAAAGAACAGGGUGCAAAGGUCAGUGAUUCCAGCAAAUCAAUAGGGAGAACUUCAAGUUCUAAAUCAAAUGAUCAAUCUAAAACAAAUAUGUCUACAAGUGGGGAAUCCAAAUCAUCAGAAAAUUUAAGGUCAAGGUCAUCAAAAGGUGACCUAAAGUCAACUCCCAAUAAAAGUGAUUUCAGGUUAACAUCAUCUAUAAAUGUUGAAAGGAGAAGAAGAAGAUCACCAAGAAGAGGUCGAAGUCGUUCCAGAGAUAAAAUAAGGACACCUGUUAGACAAUUCAGAAAUACAUUAGGCUCACAAAGAUCCACUCUAGACAUAAAAGAUGCUAAAAAUUCUGCAAAUUUGAGGUCAAGUAGAGUUGCUAGUGAAAACAUUAAACAAUCAGACGAUUCAUCUGAAGAUGAAGCAAAAACAGCUUUAGAAAUGUCAAUCAGGUCAACUUUACUGGAAUUAGAAAAAUCCACUGAGGUAGCAAAAGCUGCAAUAGCAAAACAGUCAAUUACUGCAAAACAGUCUUUAACACAACAACCUUUGGUGGCAGCAUUUGUAGGGCAAUCUAGAACAAGCACAAAACAUAUGGAAUCCAAUGCUGAUAACUCUCCUGUAUUGAAUUAUAGAUCUGUCCCUCAACAAUCAGUAGCCAAAACAGGAACUGCAUCAGAGCCUUUUUCUAAAAGGUCGGGUUUGGAGGCAUCUAUGUGGUCGACUUUGAAAGAAUUACGGAAAUCUUCGUUAGAAGGUCCUUUGAAGUUAAAGUUAGAAGACACUAUGAAAACUGUCCUGGAAGAAAUGUACAAAUCAAAAAUGGAAGAUUUGAAGAAAAAGCCCCGAGUGGACACAGCUAAUUCUUCCUCUUCGAAUGAAAUUAAGAAACACACAUUUGGGGAACCAUCGAUGCUAAAGCAAUCUGAAGAUGAUGCAAAGAGAGCAGAAUUAGAAUUCUCAAUGAGAACUGCAUUAGAACAAUUCUGCACACUUUUAGAUACUUCAUCGGAAAUGGUUGGGUCUUCAACAAAAUUGACAGGAUCCUCUGGAAAAACAGUUUCAAGUGUUAACCUAUCUAGUACAACAAUGUCAGAUCAGAAAGGUAAUAAUCUGGUUAAUCCAAUGGAAGAAGUCCAGGGGAGAUCCACUGGAAAAUUGUAUGGAGUUGUUCAGUAUGCUCCAUCUCCAUCCUCAGAUGAAGGGUCUGAUUUUGAAGGCAUGUCUGAGGAAAGUCCACUUUAUUCCCCUUUGUCAAUACCAGACAUGAAUGAUGAUCUUGAAAUAAAGAGCAAUAAGACGGUUGUAAGUGAUGCAAACUCUGCUUCAAGUAUACAGAAAUCGUAUGUAAAAGACUGGAAUCAUAAAUCACCAUGGGAGAUAUGGGGCGAAAAAAUGUCAAAAGAAGCGACCAAGGUUCCAGACAAAACCCCUACCUCUAAAUCAAAAGAAGAUAUGUGGGAAUCUGUGAAAUUAUCUGGUGCUAAAUUGAAAUAUUAUCUACAGCAAGACCCACCAGUGGUGUUAUACAAAGAUGAAAAAGAUGGAAAAUGGAAAAUUGCAGGAAAUGAAAAAGAAGCUAAGAAACUGUUAUCAAUGGGUGCCCCUCCAGGAGGUUAUGGUGCUCCACCAGGUCAGCCAGGAUAUGGUGCUCCACCCCCAGGACAGCCAGGUUAUGGUGCCCCACCCCCAGGACAGCCAGGUUACCCUGGAGGUCAGCCUGGAUAUCCUGGAGCUGCUCCACAGCCAGGCUAUGGACAAGCACCUGGAGGUUAUGGAGCAGGACCUCCACCAGGAAUAGACCCCAGUGUAUACCAGUGGUUUUUAACUGUGGACCAAGACAAGAGUGGACAUAUCACAGCCCAUGAGUUACAACAGGCUCUUGUAAAUGGAAACUGGUCACAUUUCAACCCAGAGACAUGUAGACUAAUGAUAAGCAUGUUUGAUCGGGAUAACACAGGAACUAUACAGUUACAUGAGUUCCAAGCCUUGUGGAAUUAUAUCCAACAAUGGAAGGGUGUGUUUGAGAGAUUUGAUGGUAAUCGUUCUGGUUCCAUAGAAGCACAUGAGCUGAUACAAGCCUUCCAGCAGAUGGGAUAUAACUUAUCACCACAGUUUGGUCAUAUCGUUAUUUCAAAAUUUGAUGUUAAUGGUAGAAGAUCGCUAACAUUAGACAACUUUAUCCAGUCAUGUGUCAUGCUAAAAUCGUUAACAGAUUCAUUCAAAGAAAGAGAUCAGCAGAUGCAAGGAACCAUUAGAAUGGGCUACGAAGAUUUUAUGACAACUGCAAUUUUCAACAAAGUUUAGACACAAUUGUUAUUUGGGUUUUCUUACUUCAUAUAUUUUUAAUGUGCUUGAAUGAACAAUAAUGCAUGAGAUAGCUUAUCUAUCCUUGACCAUAUUACAUAUGGGCUUUAAUAAUUGACAAUUUUUUAUUGUAUCAAGGGAGAUAACAAAUUUCACAGUGUACAUCUUUGAAACAAAUGAACUUGUCAUUCAUCAUCAGACUUAUUAAUUGCAAAGAAUAAAAAUGACAAUUUUUAACGUGUCUUCCAUUGUUCAGGGAGAUAACUAUGCUUCUCAAAUUGAGGAGCUUGUCAUUCUUUGUGAAGCCAUAUCUCUGCUAAACAGAAUGGUGAACUUCCUCACAAAUGUACUCAAAUUAUGCAUUUUGUUUCUUAUUAUAAGUAGACAUUAUGAACAGGAGGAAGUAAUAUCCUCAAAAUCAAAGAUGUCUGAAAGUGAAAGCAUUAAAAGUCUGAUGAUGGAAUGGCUUGAGAUUCUGUUUCAUCGACUGUUUCAUCAGAGUUUUCAAUACACUAAUUUAACACAUGGUUAUAUCAAUUUUCAAAUUUUUAUGAUAUUUAUAUUUUACAAUACUAAAGUGGUAUGUUUAAAAGUAAAUGUUGCAUGUAUAUUUAUUUGAUAUGUAAAUGUUGGAAAUAUCUUCUCUGUAAGGCACUGUAUACUGAAAGUCUAAAAAUUGAUAGUACAAGAAAAAAGGGAGGAAUAGAUAUGGGAACUGGGAAAGAUAGACAAAACUUGAAAUUAUUAUGGUGAAAGGAGCAAGUAGAAGAAAUAUGUGAAAAGUAAUAUAAACAUUUCUUGAAAAAAAACUUUUUGUUUGUAAAUUUGAAUUUUACGCUUUAUGUACUUUAGAGAUAGUGCUAUUAGGUGUGUGAAUCUUUUUUUAUUUUCAUAUUUUUGUCAAUAGCAGGAUAUAGUUUAACAUUAAUCUGUACUAACUGUCAAUCACUGAUAAAAUCUUAGGUAGGGACAACCUGUAUUUACUGCUUUCUGUCGCCAACAAAGUUACUUCCUCUGAAAGAUCAACCUUGAUUUUUCUGUUUUAUUUCUCAUAAAAAAGUUACUUCCCUAUAAAAAAAAGGGUUUGUGAGUUUCCAUUCUGUUUUGCUGAGCAUGACGCUUCUUAAGCAAAAACUAUGUAUUUAUGAAUGCAAUCAAAUGUUAUAACGAACAAAAAUGUCAUACUGAUAUUGGUGUAUUAAAACAUAUCAAUAUGGUGGUAUGAGGCUUGAAUAAAAUUUUACUAAGAAUAACUUGUAUAAAAUAUUACACAUGAUAUUGAUUUUUCUCAGAGCUUUUCUUCUAUAUGUGUAACAUGUAUGAUUUGAUGUAUUUUUAAUGUGCAGAUUCCCUUCAUGCAUUUUAUAUGCAUCUCAUUACUGAGAUAGAAUAGACCCUGUACUAGGACUGUUCAUUUUUAAGUCUGUUUUUUGUCUGUCUUCAACAUCAGCAGUAGUUAUUGGUGUUCACUACUCUGUUUCAAAAUAACAAGCUUUUUAAAAGACUAUUAGAAAUUGAUAGUAUAUGCAUAAAGGAAGUGAAAAAGCAGAAAAAAAUGAAGGGUUCGUGAGCUUGUUUUAGAGAUAUAAGCCAUUGAAAAUUUGGCAGGAAUUGAUUCUCUCUAGAUUUUUCUUACAUAAAGGAACAUUGGCUCCUUUUUUCUUUCAAAAGGUAUGAAAAAAUAACAAGGAUUUUUCAGGAUUUUGAAAUAUGGCUUUUUAAACUAUAUGUAAUAAAAUUAAGAAAGAAAAGCAGGGGUUAGUAGGCAAAAUUUUUAAUGGCACUACAUGGAUAAAACCAGAGGAUUCCGAAUAUCUGACAAAAAUUGUGAAACAAGAAGAGCGAACAUCCUUAACAAAUUGUUUUGUAGCCAGAGAAUAUCUUCUACCAAUCUGUAUCAGUGUGAAAUAAAAGAGGUUGAAAUGCUAAAUAUCUUCAUACAUAUGUAUACUAUAUAAAUGUUUUUGUCUGUAUAUCAUUAUGUGUUGUGUUGCCGCCUCUUAACUUUGCAUGUACAGUAACAUUACAUUAAAUCUUUGUUAAAGACUGAUAA